AUAAUUUUAAUAAUAUUUAUAUUAGAUAAUAAACAGUUUUAAGAAAAUAGAUAACUAUCACCUACACAAAUAUUUGAUGAUGGGUGUUGGUUUAGUACUUUGUACUUUGUGUGAUAUGAAAUCCUUUGAUGAUGGGUGUUGGUUUAGUACUUUGUCUUGCUUCUUGGCUAGUCCUCUGGGUGUUACCAGGGUUUUGUUUUCCUGUGUUGCUUUUGUACCGCUCUUGGUUUGGAUGGAGUAUUAUAAGAAUAAAUGGUUGGUCUGGUUACAUUGUGGUGUCAGGAACCUUAUUGAGUGGAGGCUGUGCUUGUCUUUGAAUCAGGUAUAUAUUAGUUUUAGUUUUAUUAUUUAUGUAAAAUCUGAUGCUAGAUAUCUCUCUGAGAUUGUCGUUUGGCCUGGUUGUACACGUAGAGGAGGUAUUUUUUUAUUUGGCUACGGUGGAAUUCCUUGGGAUCUCUGGUGUUAUGACUACGUUAUCUGUUCGAAGGAUUGGUAUCUGGCAGGAGAUGGGUGGUGUUAUGUUACGGUUCUGAGGUGGUUGACAUGGUUCUAUUUUGGAAGUAAGAGAAGCACAUGGGGACAAGGAGAUGGAGGGAUGUUGGGAUCGUGGAUGCUUGGAAUCAACAGGGGCGGAGUGUUUUCAAUUCUUGGUUAUAUGGAUCUCAAUGGUUUUUCUGCUCUUUGUGUCUGGUAUGGUUUUGGCUUUCAAAUGGUCUCUAUGGAGACUUUGGAGGCGGGUUUUGGUAGGAUGCGGUUUAUUUACAAGCCAGGAGUUUAUUUUGAUCGUUUGCAUAGGGAUGUCUUAGUUUAUUUCUUUAUUGUUGUAAACAUUAUGUCAACACGUAUAUGGUUGUUUCGACAUUAUAAUGUUAUAUGGCUCAUUAGUUGGCGAGAUGAUUUUCUUUUUUGUACGGAGAGCAUAUGGUCUGAUGUCAUUGCGAGGUUUCCAGGUGGUGAAAUUUUUUGGGUAGUUUAUUUGAAGGCGGCUUUAUUUAUGAUGCAGCUGGAAAAAGCACCAGGUCCUGACGGAAUGACUGUGUUUUUUUACCAACAGUCUUGGUCGAUAAUAAAGAGGGAAGUGGUUAAUAUGGUCAAUGAUUUUCUUCGAACAGGGAGUUUUGAUGGACGGCUGAAUUUGACGAAUAUCUGUCUUAUCCCAAAGACAGCGAGACCAAAUCGAAUGACUGAACUUCGCCCGAUAAGUUUGUGUAAUGUUGGGUAUAAAAUUAUUUCAAAGGUGUUAUGUCAGAGGUUGAAAGGCCUGCUACCAAAUCUUAUUUCAGAGACCCAAUCGGCAUUUGUUUCUGGGAGGUUAAUUUCGGAUAAUAUUCUUAUUGCGCAGGAAAUGUUUCAUGGGCUACGCACUAAUAAUUCGUGUAAGGAAAAAUUUUUAGCUAUCAAGACGGAUAUGAGUAAAGCGUAUGAUAGGGUUGAGUGGUCAUUUUUACAGCGCCUUCUACUGAAAAUGGGUUUUUCUAUGGAAUGGGUGGCUUUGAUGAUGCAGUGUAUAUCAUCAGUUAGUUAUAAGGUUCUUUUAAAUGGACAACCAAAAGGAUUUAUAGUUCCAGAGAUAGGUUUGAGGCAAGCGGAUCCAGUAUCGCCAUAUUUAUUUAUCCUCUGUAGAGAAGCCCUUAUCGCUAAUAUUAGGAAAGAAGAGAGGUUAAAACGUUUAACAGGGCUAAAAAUAGCACGUGCAAGUCCAUCAAUUUCUCAUCUUUUAUCAGUUUAUUCUUUUGCAAGGCGACGAUAGAGGAAUGUAGUGUUAUAUUAACAUUACUUAGAGAUUAUGAAAAGGUGUCAGGACAACAAAUUAAUUUUUCUAAAUCAUCGAUUCAAUUUGGGCAUAAAUUUCAUGCGGAUCGGAGAAUGGACAUUCAUAAUCUCCUAGGUAUUACAAAUCUGGGAGGAAUGGGGAAUUAUUUGGGGAUUCCGGAGAGUCUUGGAGGUUCAAAAAUAAAGAUAUUUGGAUUUUUAAAUGAAAAGGUACACAAUAAAGUGAAUAGUUGGACCGUUCGCUUUCUUACAAAAGGAGGUAAGGAGGUCUUAAUAAAAUCAGCGGCCUCACCCAUGCCAACUUUUGUGAUGUCCUGCUACAGGCUUCCCAAAGGGGUUACCAGAAAAAUUACGAGUACCUUAGCUCAUUUCUGGUGGAGCAGUGGGAAUAAUAAAAAAAGUAUUCAUUGGUUCUCCUGGGAUAAAGUUUGCAUCCAUAAAAACGAUGGGGGUUUGAGCUUUAGAGACCUGUAGGACUUUAAUACGGCUUUGUUGGCUAAACAAUUAUAGCGACUGAUCGAUAAACCGGAAUGUUUAUUCUCUAAGGUUUUUAAGGGUCGUUAUUUUCGGAAUACUCAUCCUUUCGAUGAUCACAGAUCUUACUCCUCUUCUUAUGGAUGGAGAAGCAUCUGCUCAGCUAGAUCUCUGGUUAAAAAAAGGCUAAUCAAAAGAGUAGGAACCGGGCAAUCGAUAUCCAUAUGGAAUGACCCCUGGAUCCCUGCUCCUCGCCUGAGGUCAGCAUUACCAAAAACUCAAUCUCAAAUUUUAAAUAGGUCGCUUAUGGUGGGAGAUCAGAUAAAUCCCAUUGAUUCUUCCUGGAAUGAGGAUUUGCUGAAUAUAUAUUUUCAUCAAGAUGAUGUAUAGAUCAUUCGAGGUAUAGCUGUUAGUAGAACGCAAAGGCCAGACACAUACGGCUGGUUGUUUACGGACUCAGGUAAAUACUCGGUGAAAUCAGGGUUUAAGACAGAAUCCUUAUACCCGGAUCGAGGCCCAAAAGUGUUAAGUUAUGGACCUAAUGUUAAACCCCUUUUGGCACAUUCUUGGAAACUCAAAUGCCCACCGAAACUAAGACACUUUGUUUGGCAAACUUUUUCUGGAACACUGCCAGUUGCAAAAAAUCUGAACGCUCGUGGUAUAGAGUGUGAUCUCCGGUUUGGUAUUUCUGGGGCAGAAGAGGAAUCCAUCUAUCACGUUAUGUUUGAAUGCCCACCAGCACUUCAAACAUGGGUUUUAUCUCGGAUCCCUUCCCCUCCCGGAAUUUUUCCAUCUUCCUCAGUUUUUAGCAGUUUGGAUCAUCUUUUUUGGAGACUCCCAAAAGAUGUUGAUUCGGAGUAUUUUCCAUGGAUUAUGUGGUAUAUAUGGAAAAAUAGGAAUGACAAAAUUCAUAAUAAUAGGACUAUAAAUCCUCAAGAAAUUUUGCGUAGAGCAGAAGUUGAAGGAUCACUUUGGGCUGAGGCCCAACUAUUGGUACAUGAGAAACAUGGAUUUACUCCGCCAGAUAUGAUUUAGCAAACACGGGGGUUCUCUCGAGUUUGCUAUAUUGAUGGGGCGUGGAGAGAACACGAUGUUUUCACAGGCCAGGGCUGGUAUUGCCGGAAUAUGAAUUUGGAGGACGUAAUGAUGGGCCCAAUGAACCUUCGACGUAGCCUAUCACCUUUACAUGCUGAAUGUAAAGCACUGAUUUGGGCGAUGGAGUGCAUGAAGACCCUGCAGUUCUCAAACGUAGUAUUUGUGACGGAUUGUUCUCAACUGAUGAAGAUGGUGUCCUCACCCGACGAAUGGCCGGCGUUUGCUACACACAUGGAAGAAUUCUGCCGCAGUAAGACUUUCUUCCCCAACUUCAUGAUCAGACAUAUCUCAAGA